AUGAAUCCAUGUCACUACGAAAAUUUUCCAAAGAAAGCCUAUCUCCUACUUUGGUAUUUGUCGGAUCUUUACACCAUUGGAGUAUUAUUCAACAAGUGUCACAUGCUCCAGUAUUUGGCAAAGUGCAUCAUGACAAGGAAGAAACCGCACUACAAGCAACUUUACAAGUGGCUCACUCUAUUCAAAGAUGUGACGUGGUGGCAGGAGAAUAUUCGAGCUCAGCAUGGAUUUGAAAUUUUUGCCACGUUUAAGAUAAUCACUCGUCAAGUCCAGACAGAAGAUGGAAUAAUUAUCCAAAAGACUUAUGAGGCCCAUAUCCAGACAAGCUACAAUGACAGCGCAUUUAAUGGAGAUAAUUUUCAUGCAAGGACACGUGGUCUGGCAGCACUCAAUUACCUCGACGAAUCUCAACUGGACCCCAAUCUUUUCUGUCCCUAUACAGCAAGAUGGCACAACAUGGAUAUCUAUCCGAAAGAUUUCGUUGAAGAAAUAAGACAAAUCCUACUCGGCUUCCAUGAUCAAUACGCGUGGCCAAAAUAUCAUCCUGACCAUCCGAUAUAUCGAGUAGAACGCAAGAAAUCCAGAAUCAAGAGAUACAUUCCAGGCCAUAAGAUCCACGUGACAGAAUACAGUUCUGACGGUGAGGAAGACAACACGGAGUGA